AGAGAGGAUCUGUCAUGGGCAUCCGCAGCAGAAACAAAGAUGCUGAGGAAUUUGCAAACCACUUGGACAGAGCAAACCCAAAAGUUGCAGCUUGUGCUGGAGGAGUUGGCUCAGCUGAGGGUGGAGAUAAGCAGUUGGAAGAAGGAGGGGCAGGAGGUGAACCAGGCAGCACUGAAGCUGGCUUUGGAAACCUACCUUGAAAGAUAUGACUGGGCCCUGAAAAGUUCUGGUGCUGUCAUUGACAUGCAGAGAACUUCGAAGACAUAUGACUGCAAAGACAAUUGGGUGUGCAAGGUUGUAUGGUUCUUCCACACUUUCAACCCUCCUGAUACGAUUUUAAAGCCGGAUGUGUCGCCAGGAAACUGCUGGCCUUUACAAGGGGAACAGGGCCAGGUGGUCAUCAGGUUGCCAGCACGAGUCCAUCUGACUGCUGUCAGUGUGCAGCACAUCUACAAAGAGGUCUCUCCAUCUGGGACCGUCACCAGUGCCCCCCGAGACAUGGCUGUGUUUGGAUUGAAUGCAGACAGAGAAGAAGAAACUCUCCUUGGGAUGUUCGAGUACAACGUGGCAAAAGAUGCCCUUCAGACCUUCCCUCUGAAGAACACACACAGAGCCUUUUCACACAUCAAACUGGUUGUGAAGAGCAACUGGGGGUACCCAGACUACACCUGCAUUUAUCGAGUGCAGGCUCAUGGAAAGAUGGCAGAACCAGAAAACCUCAACUGAAACCAGAGAAGAAAAAGAACACCAAUAAAGAGGAGGAAUGGGGGAGGAGGGAUCCAUGGUUUGUCAGA